AGUAAAGUGACGUUUUGAGAGCACGGAAGAUAAUCACUGUGUUUUUCUUGUGUUUUCUUCUGCAUUUUCUCACUAAAUCGUGUAACAGAGUUCAAAAGGAUGGCUGAGGGUUUCGAAGGGAACGGAGAAUACUCCAAUUACGGCGAUGGAUCGAGUGACUUUAAGAGGAAAAGCACAUUGCAGCGCGAUGUAGAGGAGGACGCCGAAGAGGCUCCUGUAAAUGAGAAAACCACCGAAUAUGUCCGGGAACUGCUGUCUGAGCGGGUGCAAAUAGACCGGAAGUACCCCCUGUGCGACAAACUGCUGGAACAGGAAAUCCAGAGAGUCCAGCAAAGUGGAAAAGUACCACCACGUGAAAAUCGUUAUGUGGACAUCUAUCGUGAGAAGCAGAUUCGGGUGAAUGUAAAAGUUCUUGUGCCCGUGAAGGAGCAUCCAAAGUUCAAUUUCGUGGGUAAAUUGCUGGGCCCCAAGGGCAAUUCCAUGAAGCGCCUGCAGGAGGAGACAAUGUGCAAGAUGGCAGUUUUGGGCCGCGGCUCUAUGAAGGAUCGCAAGCGCGAGGAGGAACUCAGGGCGUCGCUGGAGCCAAAGUAUGCACAUCUCAAUGAUGACUUGCACGUGGAGAUUUCUGCUCUGGCGCCGCCGGCUGAGGCACACGCGAGGAUUGCUUACGCCCUGGCCGAGGUGAGAAAGUACCUCAUUCCGGACAGCAAUGACAACAUUCGGCGUGAGCAGAUCCGCGAGUUGCUGUCGGAGAACAAUCCCGAGCACGAUGUUGAGCUGGAGCAGCCAAGAGCCAUUCCGCAACCUCGGCCACCGCCCGUGACGGCGUACUACCGCGCCGCACCGGCGCCAACUCCUCCGCCGCGCACUCAAGUCUCCGGACGCACUGUGAUGCCGGCCAAGCAGAAGAUCAUGUCGAUACUGGAUCGCGCCAGAACGGCCAUGGAGGAGAGUUAUGGGCCGCCGCCGACGAGUGCGAGGCAAUACGAGGAAGCUGCUGUCUUCGAUGAUCCGCCAUACGAGGGAUACUCAUAUGCGCAUCACAGUUCCGCGAUUCCAUCGCGAACGCGCUACGAAAUUCCCGAAUACGAUCCUCCAGAGUACAGGCGCGAAUACUAUAGAGGAUCUCCAACGUAUCCAGUGAAACCAAGUGCGACGGCGGUUCGGCCAUCCUGGAAGAGUAGCGGUGGAUAUCCGUCGGCGCGCGGACACGAAGAGUCGUCGACAAAGCACCAUCACGCCCAUGCAAGUCGUGAAAGAUAUCGCAGCUCGCCUUAUCAAACAUCCAGAUCAUCUAAGAAGCAGAGGACUUAGGUAGCGAGCGAGGAUCAGCAGUUGAAGGUGAAAGAAUUGCCACGAAAAGAGAGCGGUUAUCAGCUGAUAAAGGCAAGUAUAUGAGGAAAUGUUCAAUUUCUCUGCAUAAUUACAUUAAUUUUUCUUCCUUUUCAGACCGAAAACUUCAGCUCAAGUCACGCGCGCAGAAAGGAUGCAAAUUUCCCACAAAUUUUACUCUAUUCGAAUCUAAUCGUAGAAUUAUUCAUCAAGAAGCAAUUUAUUGCAAUCCAAAUAAUAUUUUAGUAAUGACAGUAAAUUUAUUAAAUUAUUAUUGUGUGGUAAUCAGAAAUUUUGUAUCUCUGUCGAAUAGUGAGAGAAUAAAUAUUCAAGGACAUAGUGGAA